AUGGAAACGUUCGACCCCAAAGGCAAUAGCAAGGCCACCGACGAUGGUUUCUUUAUGGAACGCGUCGAGAUGCUCUACGAGCAAGGACUCGUAGACCUACGCGCUUUCGCAGAACGAGAGCAUCGUCCUUUCGAAGAGGUUAGAAGGUGUAUGGCUGAGUUGCACUGCAAAUUCCUGUUCGAUGUUUCCAGUCCUCAGGCUGUUGGGACGAAGGAUCGUGAGGAGCUGGUCCAUCGAGUGCUCAAGUCGGUCUCACAGGAGCUUGAGUCGCUCGAGACUCUCACAGGCGCACAAUCGUUCUUCGUCAUCGUGAAUCCUCACGAUCAAGAUGACCAAGGCUUCUUAGGCGGCACAGUCGUAGGACGCGAGUUCUGGCGCGGACAUCGCGGUUGCGGCGCGCCAGGAGCAGAAGCGUUCAAGACUCAUUGCCUUCGGGUCGUGCCUCAACUCACUACCGCCGCGUUUGGCCCGACUACCCGCCGGACCGUGUCGAACGCGAAUUCCCGAAAGAAAGGACCCGCAAGGGAGCUGAAGACUGAGCUGUAUGCGGGGGUCCGCGAUGCACUGAGGGCCGUGUCAGGCGUGCGUAACGCAGAAAUGAAGUGGACGAAUCACUCUAAGCUGAGCGCAUACGGGGUGCGCCUGGAUGGUUGGCCUGACGGCGUCCCUGCGCAGAAUCCAUCCACAUUGUCAGUUGCGCAGAAUAAGCUACUACUCGACCUACUUCACGAAGGCAAGCUGUACUUCUCCCGUCUGGAAGGCAGACCUAUACCCGAUAUCAACGGUGGAGAGGAUGAGAAACUGUCAGAUCGAGACGAGGACGCGAUGUUCGAGGACUCGAUCGAUUAUACGUGGGGGUCUGGCGAGGCUAAGGGCAACAGUAGCGAAUCGCUCUUUAUGGUCAGCAGUCUUCGUGGUUUGUGCAUCAUACGCUGA